CCAGCUCGACACAGCCUCACCUGUCCUCUCACCUGUCGCCCGUAAGACGCUCAGACGGACGCUGUCUUUCUCAAUACUUCGCAAUUAUCAGCCUUUUUACCAAACUGGAUUAUUACACAUCCAGACUUCAUUCCUCUGACUCCACCAAACGGGACCAAACGUUUUAACGCCUCACCAAAACUUUGAUUAACGCUUUAUGUCAGAAAGGGAUCAUUCGUUUUAAGGUUCAGGGAUUCGGUGUCCUUCAACCUCAGAGCGUUCGGACGUAUGGAGAGUGAACUUUAGCCGGAGCAGCGUUCAGAGUGAUGAACUGAGAGUGAGACUGAACGGAUGUGAAGAUGUCCCGAGGGGACGGAGAGGACUGCGUGUGUUCCGUCGGGAUGAAGUUCACCUGGGACAUCAACGACCCCAAACUACCUCAGGAAAUCAAGCAGUUCGAUCCUUUCCAAGAGUGGACAGACGGUUACGUCCGCUUCAUAUAUAAUGGAGAAGAUAAGAACGCACAGAGGCAUUUGUCAGGCUGGGCGAUGAGAAACACCAACAACCACAACUGCCAGAUCCUCAAGAAGUCGUGCCUGGGAGUUGUAGUUUGUUCCAGAGGCUGUACACUCUCUGACGGUACCCGCCUACAACUCAGACCCGCCAUAUGUGACAAGGCUCGGCAGAAACAGCAAAAGAAGCCCUGUCCCAGCUGUAACGCCAGCCUGGAGUUGUUGCCGUGCCGCGGCCACAGCGGCUAUCCGGUCACCAACUUCUGGAGGGUGGACGAGACAUCCAUCUUCUUCCAGGCCAAAGGAGUCCACGACCACCCCAGACCAGAGUCCAAGUCAGAGACGGAGGCCAGACGGAGCUCUGUGAAGAGAAGAGUCAGCUCUCCGUUCACUCAGAAAAGACAGUGUUUGGGCCCGGCGUUGCUGUCCUGUGUUGACACUCCAGAUCGCUUGUCCUUUCUCGGCGAGCCAAACUACCCCCUCCAGCCACAGCACUACCCUCCAUUCCAACCGGAACCUUACUACAAUACCCACAAUGCUCUGGGAGAGGCCCCGCCCGCCUUGCAGAAACCCACCAACCCGAGGCUUUACAUGCCUCGGCCAGGGUGUGGCUAUGAGUUCCCCGGUUACCUGGGGUCGGGAAGCUACGCAGCUCCGCUCCACAGAGACCCGGCAGCCAAUCACAGCUCGGAUCUCUGUGAUCCACGGGUGGCUCCGGUCCUGGGCUCCUCUUCCUCCUCCUCUUCCUCGUACGACCCCCAGGGCACCAAGGGCUGGAGGGACCUGCUGAAGAACGCCGCCCCCUAUGGAGAAAACCACUACUACACCCCGGAGUACCCCUGCCGUUACCCUAGCAACGCGCCCGGCUCCCCCGCCGCCCUGCAGACCAUCAUCACCACCACCACUAAGGUGUCCUACCAGCCCUGCCCCAAGCCGUCCCCCGCGGCGCCGGGCUACCAGCCCUGCCCCCCGGCCAAGGCCCCCCUGGGCUGCUCUUCCUCCCUCCCCGAGGACUCCUCCUCCUCCUACUCCACGGAGGUCAAAGUGACCGAAGAGUCCGGCGGGGUCAUCAAGUCGCUCUCCUUCCAGCCGGACCCCCUCCACGCCAAGACGGAGCGGGGGGAGAGCUACGACUACCGCUGUCCCUAUGGCAACGCGUACCGCUACGAUGAAUACUGAACACCGCCAAUGUAAUAUAUACUCUACUCCAAAACCUACGGCUACUACCGACUACCGAUACAUACCGAAUACUUCUCCUACUAACUACAAAGAUGAUAGUGUUGAGUAGCACUGCUGCUACUCACACUACGACUAGUAAUUCUACUGCAACUGAUACUCCUACUAUUACUUCUACUACUGCUGCUAGUACUACUAUUAGUACUACUGCUAUUACUACUAAUACUAAUACUUCUAGUCCUGCUACUAAUACUACUACUGCUGCUACUGCUAUUACUAGUCCUACUACUUCUAUUACUACUGCUACUAUAUAGUGAUACAGUCAUCACUUUUACUAUAUAGCGAUACUGUAAAAACGUAUACUAUAUGGUAAUACACUCAUAACUUUUACUCUAUAGUAAACCAGUAGUAACGUCGACUAUAAAGUAAUAAAGUAACAACAACUACAUUUCAAAGCUUUAGACAAAGUGGGGAGUGCUUGCCUUCCUCAAUCGAUGAUUUAAUGGACCUUACUUCUAGACAAAGUAUUAGGAGCCAAGUCUGAGUAAACCAAGGACUGGAUUAUAGGAUCAAAGACUGUCUGAGUAAACCAAGAAUUGGAUUGUGGAAUCAAAGACUGUCCGAGUAAACUAGGGACUGGAUUGUGGAAUCUAAGACUGUCCGAGUAAACUAGGGACUGGAUUGUGGAAUCUAAGACUGUCUGAGAAUACCAAGGAAUGGAUUGUGGAAUCAAAGACUGUCCAGGUAAACUAAGGACUGGAUUCUGGUAUCGAACACUGAACACUGAAACAUAAAGUUGAAUUCUACUGAGAACAGACUGAAACAAUUUUACUGUUCUGUAUUUAACAUGUCUGAUACGUUUCUGCCUUGUAUGAUCUUUAUGUUCUGGGUCGAUCUGAGUAUGAUUUACUACACCCUAACAGGAGCCAUAUCUAGUGAAUGAAAACUCAGCUUGGGCACUUCAAGCAGAGACUAUGAAAAACCUGGAGGAGAUAAAAGCAUACAGACAUGAGGACGCCUCAAUGUAUCAAGGACAUUGGAAUGAUGCGAGGAGAUCCAUCUGAAUAAAAUAUAUGAUGAACCCUGUUAGAAUGAAUCCCAUUGAUCCUACAAACAUACUUUUAAUCCUACCAUCACCCCUACCAACCGUACUGGAACGAUGCAAGAGCCCUACGAUCUCAGCGGACCCUGGAUAACAGGAUCCAAUCAGUGUUGAUCAAGAAGAUUACUAGAAGUCAAGGCUGAGACCGAGCAGGCACGAAUGUUUCUUCUAAACAUGUUUCACUUGGUUUCAACUCAACCGAUCCACCAGGAAUCCUCCCACAGCCUCGAAGAGAUGGCCAACCUAACCCUUAAAUGGGUGAACUUUUCAGGCUUAAAGUGAUAGAUAUAUCAUCAUCGGAAUGGGCUCCUCAAUCAAACUUGUACUUUUGCAAUGUACCAGCAAAACGUGUAAACCUGUACCAGCAAACACACUUAAUGUAGCCGUGAAAAAACAAGCAGACUCUCCGUCUCUGUCAUCAAGACAGAACUCCUGUCACGGUUCAUUUGAGUCUGCAGCUAUAGUUCAAAAGGUAGUCAUGUAAGUGAUCAAAGGUAGGAUGUAGAAGACUGUCUGUGAGUAAUAAAUGUUGUUUUGACAAGAGCGCGUAGAGACAUGAUGCAGCGCGACCGUCCCGUGACCCUCUUCUCUGCCUUCUCCCUGCUCUCCGAAGCCAAUCUUUUGUUGUCUCCAGGCGCGCCUUGCCACCAGUCCUUAUAUGUUUGUUUAUUUUCAUUCCCUUCAUUACUAGCAUUUAGUACAUUAUUAUAUUCUCAGUGUUAAUAUACAUGAUAUAUUAUUCCAUGUUGUAUUAUAUUGCAUAGCUUCUGUUGUUAAUUGUAGGCUUUGAACUAGUCGACUAGCAUUUGAACCAUAGCUUUUACAAGUUGACUAGCAUUUAAACUAGCUUUUAUCUAGUUUACAGACAUUUUAACAAACUUUUAACUACUUGACUAACAUUUGAACUAGUCUAGUAGCAUUUCAACUAGUUGAAAAGCCUUUUAACUAGCUGAGGAGCCUUUUUCAUACUGCGUACAAUUUAUGAAGUUAUGUUACUGAUACAUUACAAUACAAUAUAUACAGUACUAUGCAUUCAAAAAUAUACAACCAACAUUCACAAAGACUGUAGGCCUAUACAUUUAGCUACCUAUACUACUUUUACUUGCAUCUUUCUGCCUUGCAGCAACCAUCAUAGGCAAACAUAAGAAAACAUGUCAACUGGAAAGUUCCAGCCGGAUGGCUUAUACUGGAAGUCGCCGAAGCUGCGCUGCCAUUGGCUGAGGGGGGGGGGUCCCAUUAGCUAAGCUGCUGGGUCUGUUGGUGUGAGAUGGGGGAGCAGCUGGCUGAUCCCCUUACCAAACACCUCCUUAUCCCGGGGAUCUGUUGAAAGGUGUCCCCGUCGCGAUCGCUCCAUCUCUGCUUGCUUACACGCAAAUCAUGUCUUCCUUUGCAUUCCCCUCACCGCUAAAUAAAUCUUUCUAUCCAGUGACA